AUGCAAUACCAAUAGCAAAUCCAAAACAAUUUCCAGUCAAUCGUGGAAUUGUAUUACCAUUAGGCCAAGUUGAGUGGUGAGAAUAGAGUGACUGAAAUCAAGGCUUCGACCAAGAUUUAAGCUUGGCAUAAAAUGCAUAAAUUAAGAGUUCAUUACAUAAAAAUCAGAUAUUCAACUGUUAUUAUAUAGAAGUUUGCUCGUGGAUAUAUAGCUAGAAUGCUAAUGAAACGAAACAACGACUCUAGAUACAAUGAAAGGAAUAUUAAAUAUUUCAGUUAUCAUGCAACUCAGAUCCAAAGACAUUUCAGAGGUUAUCAUUACAGAAAAUAUUAUAUCAAUUGGUCUACCAGGAAAGCCUAUUUGGAAUUCUUAAAAACAAAAAAUCAAGACUUCUUAGAAGAAUUGAAGAAAGUGGAAGUUGAUGAAAAUUAGUAAUUGAAAGUGAGACAAGAACAAUUGGCAAGAACUGAAUUUGAGUCACUUGCUAAGAACCUACAUCAUCUCUCCUCUACAUAAACUAUUGCUGGAGUGUACAAUAGACCAUUUGGCAAUAAAGACAUUGUGUUUGAUAUGGAUGUCGAAAGUCACCUCAAGGUUGUUUUCCAUAGCAAUUAUGAAUGGUAAAAGAAGAGACAAAUGUCCAGAUACACUAAAAGCAAUAAAUUGAAUUAAUAAAAUAAAUUAAAACCAUUGAAGUGA